UUCAGUUUGUUCAUGUUUACAAUUUAAUUGCUUUUUUACCAGCGGAGUUAUUGACUGAAUGAUUACGAGUAAUGCCUAAGCGAAUUCAAUUGAACUCAAUAGUAAAUUAAUUAUUUUAGGUGAAACACAAACCAAUUGACAGUAAUUAGAAAAACGCUCAUCACAACCCACCGACGGAAUCUAAAAGUCAUUAAGCAAAGCAAUUUCUGUGCGAGAGAAGGUGAGUGUGGGUUCGACCGAUGAGUUGGACAAAUCCGAAAUUAGUUUUGGAAAAAAGUUCGCCCCACUACCUAUUUGUUAAUGAGAACAGAGUUAGCAUAAAAUUCCAACAACAAAUAUAAAGUAUUUAAAAGCAGAUGUCGAAACCAUUAGAAUGUGCCGAGCUUCUGCGUUUGUUGAUCUGUAGCCUAUUCAUUGCAAACACAUUGCAGUACUGCUACCAAUUGGAAAUUCUCAGCUUUCGCAGCCACGACACACCGGAUUAUCGUCUGACCAUGAAACGGCAAAGUAACGGCACACUUUCAGCUACGACGCAUGUUCUGAAAACGGUAAACAUGCCCACCUGGCACAUUCAGCUGCUGCAGUUGAAUACGAGGCGCAGUCAGUUGGGCAAAAUCGAUCCACCCAAGUCGCUCUACAACGCCACUUACAAGACCUGCGAAUUUUGGAAAUAUGUAAGGCGUAUACGCGUGUUCAGCAAUGUGGCGCAGCAGUUGCUCUCCAAGGGUGGUGGCAAUAUGAGUUUGGAAUGUCCUCUGGCAGCGGGCACUUAUGUUUUCAAAAAUAUUCAGGUGCCACCCGAUACGGGCAUGCUGAAGCUCAUGUACUGGCCGAAUACAUUGUAUACUCUGAUUGGUACGGUCUAUGAUCGGCAGUCGGACAAGUCUUUGGUGAAAUUAUGUUAUUACGAAAUCAAUGGUACCGUUAUUAAGUCGUGUUGAUUUAUAGAAAAGAAGGAUUUAAUUAAAUGGAGAAGACUUUUAUCUUUAUGAGUAAUCAUUAUGCGCAUUAUCAAUCACACAUUUUAGCAAUAAAUAUUAUGUGAAAAUAAAUAUUUUAGUGAAACAGUUAUUUAUUGAUUAAUUAUUUUUUU